UAGUGAGCACAUCUUGAGCAAGGAGGGGGUCUCUGCUUCGCCGAAGAGGCUACGUUAGAGCCACAUAAACACAUUCACAGAUGUGUCUCCAUGUGUUCUGACAGCCCGACUGAGCCAAGACCGGCCACGCUGAAUGAAGACAGAGAAAUCAGGGGGAGAGAGACGGAGAACAACCACCAAGCAAAUUACCACACCAUUACUGCGGGGUCUUGUCCACAUCCCUCUCUCUCUCUCAGAUUGUGGGCUUGAGUGAGAGCACGUCUGACAGGGAAGAGAGGAAAACGGGGGAGAUCUACCGGCAGAUUCGUCCCCAAGGCUCCUAAUUACAGCCUGUGUUUCCACUUUGAUCCAGAAGCCACAUCGCAGACAAAGACAGGGAUGCUCUGACCAAAAACAAAGAAGAGAAGAGGAGAAAAAGAAAUCAAGAGAGACACACAAAGACGAAGAGUGAGAGAUGGAGGGAUUUUUUAAUGAAUGAAGCAUGCAGCAGCAUGUGGUGGAAAUAGCAGCGUCUACGUAAGCCGCCUGCUGAGGACGUGACGGCCCACGUGGUCUGGAUGCCAACAGCUGCCUCUCAGAGCCCCUGACGGCCCCUGGCAAUCUGAGAAACACAUCCUCCGUUUCCACACUCUCGACCCCCCCGGUCUGCGAGGAUUAUUGAGUCUCGGGAUUACUGAAGUGUCCACUUUGGCCGCGGGAGAAAGGGCACACUAUUACUUGAACUUGGGAAUGCAGCAUGGGAUGCUCUGGGAGCCAACAGCGCGGUGGAUGACCUCCAGCAUGCGGCCGUCACAGCUGGACCUCACGCUCGUGGCCAUCCGCCGUUUCUAACUAAGGGUAAUGACCAGGCAUAGAACCAAUCCUGGAGAUGCCGAAGAGAAGAGAUAUUCUUGCCAUCGUGUUAAUUGUGUUACCAUGGACCCUCCUCAUCACUGUGUGGCACCAAAGUGCAAUUGCUCCCCUGCUUGCCAUCCGAAAGGUCUGUCGCCAUCUAGUAAAAGAGAUCUUAAUCAUACCAGAGCGACUAACCAUCCACCGGCAACGGCUAGCAGAUGACGGGACGGAGACUAGGCAUGAGACCGGCCCAGCCACGGACUCAAAGGAAUACUGCUCACAAGACAAGGACAUAGUGGAGGUGGUCCGUACAGAAUAUGUGUACACAAGACCUCCGCCCUGGUCCGACGUAUUGCCCACCAUCCACGUCAUUACCCCAACAUACAGCCGUCCAGUGCAGAAGGCAGAGCUAACGCGAUUGGCCAACACCUUCCUCCAUGUGCCCAACCUGCACUGGAUCCUGGUGGAGGACUCUCAGAGGAGAACCCCUCUGGUCACGAGGCUUCUGAGGGAAACAGGGCUGAACUACACACACCUCAAUGUGGAGACCCCACGGAACUACAAGCUGCGAGGGGACACGAGAGAUCCCAGGAUUCCACGUGGCACCAUGCAGAGGAACCUGGCUCUGAGAUGGCUACGGGAGACUUUCAACUCCAACAGCAGCCAGGCGGGAAUUGUCUACUUUGCAGAUGACGAUAAUACGUACAGUUUAGAGCUGUUUGAGGAGAUGCGGUCAACUCGUAAAGUGUCGGUGUGGCCUGUAGCGUUUGUUGGAGGUUUACGGUACGAGUCUCCAAAGGUUAAUGCAGCAGGAAAAGUAUAUGGCUGGAAAACCGUAUUCGACCCUCACCGGCCUUUUGCCAUUGACAUGGCAGGGUUUGCCAUCAACCUGCGGCUCAUUCUGUUUAAGCCUCAGGCCUACUUCAAGUUACGAGGGGUGAAGGGAGGCUACCAGGAGAGCAGCCUGCUCAGAGAGCUGGUCACUCUCAAUGACCUGGAACCCAAAGCGGCCAACUGCACUAAGAUUCUUGUGUGGCACACACGGACGGAAAAACCUGUCCUGGUGAAUGAAGGCAAGAAAGGCUUCACAGACUCAAACGUGGAGAUCUGACAUCUGCUUCAACAUCGGGAUGCUUCCAGCAGGACCCAAAAGGGAAAGGCAGGGAGUUAUUACCAACUACCAACAUUUUUGAACAGUUUGGAUGUAUUUUCCUGUAAACCACAACUAAAUGAGCUCAACAAUAUGGACCUAUUAUUCUAAAGCACAGAUUAGUCUUUUUUUAAGGCAAUAUCAUCAGUAUUUUGCGCGAACAAAACCAGUGGGCACUAGCCACGCAGAGACUGAAAGAAAAUUGUGAUGUAUAUUGAUGAGGGAACAACUGUUAUAACUGCUCACUUCCAGGAUUUUAUGAACUCUGCGUUAAGAAGAGACAAAAAAUGGUUACAACAGUCUCAAAGGCUGACCAAGAGCGAACGGUCAUCCAUUUAAGAACGUCGAUGUUCCUUCGUGUCUAACAGACUGAUACUUAAACAUAAAGAAGGGAAUGUCUUCUUUUUUUACAUAAUAUGUAUUAUUACGUUUGUUUUUGUUGUUUACAUCACUGUCUUGCUAGCACAGCACUACUGAUAUUUUGCCUCAAUUCAAGUUCAGUGUUACUCUGCGGUAUUAAACCAGUUCUAUCAUAUUCCAGGGCUAGCUGCUAUACUGGAUUUAGCAAUUACAACGUUGUAACACGGUCCUCGUGACUAAGACCUAAAUGAUAUGAAUAGCACUUGAAUUUGUUCCUGUGUGUCCAUUGUUCCUGUUAGGACAUGCGUUGUAAAUAUAACUUAAAGAUGAACAAUCAGAGACUUUAAAAAAUAAAGUGAUCUAGCAUUCAACAGAACAAGCGAUGUAACUACUGUAUUUGUAUUUGAGUUUAAAGUAAGAAUCCAUAGCUUUAGUUUACUAUUACAGCAUCCAUAAUCCUUCACUCAUGUUCAGAGAGGUUAUACCAAAGGAGACGGAGCGGAUGGGUAUAGGGUUUAACAAUGUUAGUCUUCAGUAUUAAUUGGGCUAGCCUCCGAGAGCCGCACAGAGCUCGCCUCAGUAAAUAUUCAGACAAAUUUAUAUGUCAAACCGAAGCUUUGGGCUUUGCAGAGGGGAUCUGUCUUGAAGAUAUGUUGCUGUACUAAUGAAGCUAAUGCUGAGACACCUGGGAAUCUAGAGCGAGCAAAAUCUCUGCUCGCAUAAAGCAUAGCUAUUUUCUUAUAUCAAAAACUGUGAGCAUGUGAAUACUCAAAGCGCAUCACUACACAUGUGCAAAAAAUCUUAACAUGUACUAAUAUUAUGAUAAAUCUGGCCUGAUUAGCAUUAGACUAAAUUUGUAUAUCUCUUUAAGCUGCCUUUUUACUGCUUAAGACAGAUUAUAGACCCAAAGUCGUUUAUUUCCAAUGGUCUGAUCCUCUGCGGAUUCCGGUAUCAAGGGAAAUCAGGUCUCCAUCAGGACCCCAAGUGAUACUCACAUAACUUUUAAUGGGUAUUCUCUUUAGUGCCUGAUUAAAAUUACUACAAAAUCACGUUAUAUGUCAUUUGAACUAUGUUAUAAUGACCAUUAAUGUCUGUUUUAGUUAACUUACAUACUAGCUUAGCACACAGAUUAGCCUGAUUAGCUUAUACACUAUGCACUUGCAUUAACCCUAUAUGUAUUCACAACAAUCUUUAAUGUAAUUAUGUAUUACAUUAAACCACGCUAUCGGUUUUCUUUAUAAGGCGCGUUAUGGAGGAAAAUGCUUAACGUGUAAUUAAACGUAUUACGUUCAUAUGCGCUCAUCUGUUUAUCUGCACAUAGUAUGGUUUAUUAAUAAGUUGUGUACAGAAUCUGAUCUUUUAAUAUCACUGGUAAUGCAUUAAGCCACGUUAAGCUUUUUGACUAAGUGAUCCAACUCUGUCAUGUCCUCUAUCAGUAUGCAUGACACUGUUCGAAUGCGUUUAUUCUCAACAUUUUAUUCUCAACUUUUUUUCUUGAAAUUUAAUGAUUUUUUUCUCGAAACAUAACGACUUUAAUCUCAAAUUGGUUUUAUUUAUUUUUUUAUUAUUGCUUGGCCCUAAUCCUCUUCCGUAUGGUACGGCAGCAAAGUUCCUUGAUUAUAGAGUACCACAGGGAUGACGUGUUUUUGUAGGCCAACCCGGAAGUUAGCGGCGCACGGGUUCCCUCGAUCGAAAGCCAAUGAAUUUUUCCCAUAGACUUUUGGAAAAUCACAAAAAAUAAGCUCUGUGUUUAACAAAGGGCUAUGACACUUACACGUUUUGUCUAUCAAGAUAAUCUUUACAAGUUAACACAAUAUUUAUACAUUUUGAAGCCUAAAUAAAUUCGUCAGAUAUAAAAAGCUAACAGUAGGCUAUAAACGGACUAUAGCACACCAUGGUCGCGGAUCAACGUCAACACCACCAAGCUUCCUCAAACUUUAUUUAGAAAACAACUUUAUUUAAAUGCUCGCUGAUUAUGAUCUGCGCUGUGUAUGAAUACUUACUUUUUCAUGAGAAAUGCUGUCCAAAUGUCCUGUUUGUCAUGAUGACAUCUAAAGUCCCCGUCAAAGGAAGUAGUCCCUUUUAGCAACUUGUUAGCAACCGCCGUUUUUAAGACACAAUAAAGGUUUAAAAAAUCACAAGUGGGUUAUAACUGGUGUGUUUUAUGUCAUAGAUCAAAACGUGAAAAUAUUUAGAGGCUUUGUUAACCAUAGACUUUAUUUCAGGCGAUUUAGCAAAAACCCAUUGACUUCAGGGCAAUGGAACCGGAAGUCCUAAAAUGCUAACUCACUUCCGGGUUUUGCCUACAAAAACACGUCAUCCCUGAGGUACUCUAUUAAGCCGGAAUGGGAGUAUAGUUCCUAGCCAUAUCGGCCUAGAAAAUUGCAACUUUUAAUUUUCCGUCGGUCUUCGUACACGAUGUAACUACAAAAGAGUCAAGUUUUAAAUAGACUCUAAACUCUUUGGUCAUUUUUGAGCGAGAUGCUAACAGAUUCAAUGAUCUAUGCUAAGCUGCAGUUAAAAGUGCUACCGCCAGACCCGGAGAUCGGAUGAAUGGAUUAAAAAACUGUAAAACUUAACUCUAGGGGAGUUGGAAAAUUAGCCUAUUUUCAAAAAUAGUGGCGUGUUCCUUUAACUGAUAGUUGAUGGAGACCUGAUUUCUUAUGACAGUUUCUCAAUUUGUACAAUAAAACAACAGCAUGAGACAGUUUGUCCGUAUUCGAUUUACUAAGCGCGUGAAGGGAAACUAUCAAUAAUUUAUCUAACUUUAUCCUAAACACCAACUGCUUCGGUAGAACGGAAGUUAUGAAUAAAUAAACAUAAUUUAUGUUGUUUCUAUUCUCCAAAAUUAGUCAUUUUUCCUGCAUGAUUUCAGGUAUUUAUUAACCACAGCAUGGUAAACGGAGGGUGAAUGCUCGGGCCGUGCCUGAGACACGAGCGGAAACACAGUAGCUUCACAAACUUCAUAGUUAAUUUCAUGGUCAGUUGAAAUUAACUUCAUAGUUAAUUUCAACUGCCACUAGGGGGCAAAGUGCGACAGCCGUAGAGUGAAAAGUUGACUUGCCGCGGUCACGCUAGACUAGACUUUGAGGAGCGAAAUUUCUACAGACACUGCAAUUGUCGCAAUAUGACAUCACUCUGCGGCGUCUUUUUUUAUUACUUCAACAUAAAAUACAUCAAAAAGACAACCUACUCCACAUUACUGUAACGCUGCAGAUUUAAAGUUUGCUUUUGUUUCAGCUAAAAGGUGCUGUGGCGUAUCAAUCUUCUAUUGUUCACACUUAAUACGAAUUCGCAGAUCAGAGUUCACCAAACUCAAACUUUGGAACAAAGCGAAAUGCAAAACUUCUUUCAUGUAACCCACAUUUGUAUGCGUAUAAAUGGAAGUCAAUGGAACAAAAAGUCUAGUGUAACUCCCCCUUUAAGCUUAAAGUAUGCUUAGUUUUUUAUGCAUACGCUAGGACGUGAACAAUGUACCCCAACCCCACGUAAAAUGUAGAGAACCUGCUCACUGCAUAGUGAAUGGGUGGAGCGUGACGUCCAGCUCCCCCUCUCUGGAUGUAAUCUGUGCAUAAUGGGUGGAGCUAGAAGGUCCAACCACACCCUAACCCUACCCAUAACCAUAUCCCUCCACCAAUGACAGCUGGACGUCAUUUGGCUCUGCAGUGAGCACCACUUGACAAUGCACGCUCAGCUCAUGUAUGAGCUUUUUUUUUGCACUAGUUAGUGUGUCCACAAGGUGGCAACACUGAUCCAACUAUAUGCUUACAGCGCGCAGUCACCAGAACAGUAUGCACGUACUGUACGUGCGCAGGAUUUUUCUAACCACAUGUACAGUGUACAGUCAGCUUGCAUAUACACUUCCUUUUUUUUUAUUUGCACUAAUUAAUUUGUCCACAAGGUGUCAACAUUGGCCCAUUUCUCACACGGAAAAAAAAAAACAGGAGACAGAACA